CCAUGUAUGCCGCACGGCUGUGUUGGUACGCAGUGCUGCUCUGUAUGGGUUACCACCUCCACACGUCAGGCGCCUGUCCAAAGUCCUGCUUCUGCUUCGACCUUGAGAAGGACGGCUACUCGGUGUCGUGCAGGGGUCCCAAUAUCACUGCUAUUCCGAGGGAUGUUCCAAAAAACGUCACCGUAUUUGAUAUCAGCUUCACCCCCAUAACAAUGCUUCGAAAAGGCGAUUUUGUCGAUAUGCCGAAACUCAAAGAACUAAGAGUCUGGUGGAACGUCAACCUCACCAUGGUGGAAGUUGAUACAUUUGACAACUUACCGACUCUGACGUCACUCGGACUCUACAACAACUCCUUCACCAAGCUGCCGACAGGCCUCUUCAGCAACCUGAAAGCCCUAACCCGAUUCGACGCCCAUAACUCUAAGUUAGAGCUGAUCCAACGUGGCCUGUUUACCGAUCAUCCGUCUUUGGAAGAGAUUCAGCUGUUUUUCAACGACAUUACAGAGCUUGAGGAAGGGGCGUUCGGCGGAAUGCCACAACUGACGUCAGUCUAUCUCCCCUCCAAUAGAAUCUCGUCUCUCUCCGGGCCGAUCUUUGAAGGCUCCAGGAAGCUGAAAUCGCUGGAUGUUUCCGGUAACAACAUCGUCACCCUUGACAACCAUGUUUUCAUGGACACGCCGAACCUGCAGAACUUAUACCUGAGCGCAAACGACAUUGAAAGCAUAGAUGUGGGUGCCUUCUAUGUCCUACAACACCUUCAGUCGCUGUCUCUGGAUGGUAACCGGAUCACGAACAUUGACACUAACUUUCACAACUUGCCUAAACUUGAGUCCAUCUCUCUGGGAGGUAACAAAAUCUCGGUCAUCCGUAAUACAACAUUCGUCGGGCUCCCUGCCCUGAACUCUUUGGACCUCAGCUCCAAUGUAAUUGUUGAAGUUGAAGAUGGCGCUUUCGAAGAUCUAAACAACCUUAGAACUCUGUAUUUGCAAUCGAACCAGAUACAGGAGAUAUCCCUUGCAGGCCUGAACUCCCUGGGGUAUCUUUCCAUGGACUCCAACAAACUGAAGAAGUUCCCCGGUAACCUGAAAAGUGCCAGCCCACUUCAGACCCUGUCAUUGGGCAACAACCCGAUCCAAGAAGCUUUGGGACCUGGACAGUUCUCUGUUUUGCACAGCCUCAAAAACUUAUACCUGAACAACAUUGGCUGCCUACAAUCGGCCGGAACUUUCGACCCGAAGGCACUGUGUGGCUCCGACACCCUGGGUGAUGUGUAUCUAUCAUACAACGGGCUACUUUCCAUCGCACCUACCACUUUUCAAUGCACUCCGACCAUAACAAUGCUCUACCUCCAUCACAACAACCUGACAUCCAUCGACCCAUCUCUCUUCCACCCCCUGACACAGCUAUGGUGGCUGGAUCUGUCCUACAAUCAGCUCAGCUACGUGGCCCCGGAUACUUUCCUUGGAUUGGACAAGCUCAUUUCUGUUGACUUAACCUAUAACAACUUUACUAACAUGGCGCACGUGGCUCCAUCCGUGGCUAGCCUACCCGUGCUUUUGUACCAAAGUCUGGACGGAAACCCGUUCGUCUAUCUCGGGCCUGAGUCCUUCCCGACACCUUUUAAGCACUCUACCGAACUCGACAUCUCACACGGACACAUCCGAGUGGUAGAGGAGGGUGCUUUCACUGCCGAAUCUUUCCCCAACAUCACCAGACUGCAGCUUGAUUCAGGAAACCCUUUGCACUUCCUCCCCGCCAAUGUUGUGGACAAACUUCCUAACUUGACGGCGCUGAUUCUCUAUGACGAUCCCUUCCACUGUGACUGUCAGCUGAAGGGUUUUGCCACGUGGCUUCGUGAGAGAGUUAACCCUCCAUUUGUUGACGUGACUUGCGCCAGUCCACCAAGUCUACAGGGCACGGACCUUAAUGACGUCCCCCUCGCCAACCUGACGUGCGACUGCCAACACGAGGAAGCGCCAUCUAUCGACACCAGCGGGAGCGACACCUCCGUUCACGAAGGCCAGAUCGCCAUGUUGAAGUGUAAGAUCUCAGGCUGUCCUGAAGCCGAGUUUUUCUGGACCACCCCGACCGGAGCCAUGUUGGCUGUGGAGUCGGGGUUCCCCAGGAUGGAGGUACUGGGCAGCGGUACCCUGGUGGUGACAGAGACGAGGGAGGAGGACACAGGGGUGUACACUUGUACCGCUGUCAACUACAGAGGCAAGGCUAGGAAGGAGGUGGCUCUGCAUGUGGUAAAGACAUAGUUGAAAGGUGCAAGUGGCCCUUCAGAUUCUUCUGAAGAAUCCAUGGAGUACAAAGAUGUCGCCUUCGCUGUAGCUAAACAUUUCGCGACUAAUCGAUUGCUGAUGGCUUGUGCUAAGUUUAGUUUACUU